CUCCCUAGACCUAACUUCGCAUUCUAAUUAAAGCAUCUUCUACAUUCUUCAUUGCACACUCACUCACUUUAAAUACUUCGCAUCUCAUCUUCAUUUGCUCAGCUUCUGUUUGUAACUGCAAGUGAUCGUCAUGGCUGAGGAGAAGCAGCACAAGGACAACGAGUACGACAACACUGCUGAGGUGGAGGUCAAAGACCGUGGGGUUUUAGAUUUUCUCGGGAAGAAAAAGGAAGAAGAGGCCAUCGUCACUGAGUUCGACAACAAGGUCAAGGUUUCUGAUGAACCUGAGACCAAGCUGCAGGUGGAGCAAGAACCAGAAGAGAAGAAACACACCCUUCUUGAGAAGCUCCACCGAUCCAACAGCAGCUCCAGCUCCUCGAGUGAUGAAGAGGAGGAAGGAGAAGGUGGAGAGAAGAAGAAGAAGAAGAAGAAAAAGGAUAAGAUAGGAGGUGGUGGUCGCAAGGAGCAAGACACCACUGUUCCGAUUGAGAGAGUGGAGGUUGAAGCAGACAGUGAGGAUAAGAAGGGUUUCCUCGACAAGAUUAAGGAGAAGCUGCCAGGUCAGCACAAGAAGGAGGAGGAGGAAGUGCCUGUGCCUCCGACAUCAUCAGAGUGUGAUGCUCCCCACACUGAGGCUCAUGAAGGGGAGAAGAAGGGCCUUUUAGAUAAGAUCAAAGAGAAGCUUCCUGGUUAUCACCCCAAGACAAAUGAGGACAAAGAAAAGGAGAUCGGAACUCAUUGAGCCUCAGAGUAUUGUGUUUUGUAAGAUCAUUGUGGUGUGUUUUACUUUAUUUCAUCGUCAGCUUAUUUGUGUUGUUGGUGCUUCUAGAGAUGUACUUCAUAUGUAUAUUAAAAUAUAUAUGGAGUUUGUCUAUAUUGUUUGAAGAAAAAAGAGAGUAAAAAUGUGUUCAAAGUAAAUGAAUAUUGGAAUUCUGUGCUUUAUUUGGGUAGAGUACUGAAAUCGAUCUAAAAGUUGAAAGUAAAAAUGGUAAUCCCAUUGCCAUUAUAGAUCCUUCGGAGGAUGACAUUCUCGUGUAAUGUAUGUUUUCG